AUGUUAAGUGUACAAAGUCUGUUUAAUGAUAAGGACCAUUACAGUAAAUGUAGACAUUCUUUCCUGCCACUUGCGAAAUAUUUCACAGAACGAAUGCCUCGGUGGUGUCAACACGUCUUCCCCGGUAUCAUAAAAAAUAUCAUUUUGUUAGCCGAAGAAGAGAAGAAGAAUGGAUGUGAGAAGAGGGAAUGUCACAGUGUUUGUAGUGUCCUCAGCAUUGGGGGUGGUUCUGGUGAAGUUGAUCGAAUGAUGCUGCAACAACUUCAGGGUAUGUUUUCCAAUAUUAAAUAUUCUGUGGUUGAGCCAUCUCUACAAGAAAUAGAGAAAUUUCGUAAUUUGGUUGAAGGAGACACACACCUAUUAAAGACAGCAUUUGAUUGGCACAUGAAAACCUUUGAUGAAUUCAUCGAAUGCAUGAAAGUCAGCCCCAGAGACAGUUUUAACUUCAUUCACAUCAUUGAAGCCAUUUAUUACAUGCCGUAUGAUGGCGCAAUUCAAGAGAUGUACAAUAUUCUUGCGUUGGGUGGAAUAUUAUUGAUCAUAGUUACUGCCGAUGGAAGUGGCUAUCACAAUCUCUGGAAGCGGCAUAGAUCCAUUCUUCAGGAUGAUCGGAUGAAUUUCAUCACUUCGGCUGAUGUCAAAAAAGAACUAAGAAUGAAGAACAUUCCUUUUAUGAGUAUCCGUGAUGAAUCACGAGUGGACAUUUCAGAAGUAUUCGUUGAUAAUUCGGAUGUUGGGGAUCGCAUCCUAGACUUUUUAACUCAUAUAUGCAAUUUUCGGCAGACGGUCCCAAAGAAUAUUCGAGAUGAUUUAAUUCAAUUAUUAAAAAGUGAGCAGUGCUGUGAAACCUUGGAUGGAAGAAAGAUGUUCAACAACAGUUCUGAUGCGAUUAUUGUUCAAAAGCAGGGUUAA